UAAAGCAGCUGCCACACAGGACACACCUCUCAGGAGGUGGCCAGCAGGAGCUGAGCAGAGACCCAGCCAGGACUUAAUCAUAGAGACCAAGAGACUGCUAUUAUGGCGGGGAAGCCCAAGCUUCACUACUUCAAGGGACGAGGCCGAAUGGAGUCCAUCCGGUGGCUCUUGGCUGCAGCUGGAGUAGAGUUUGAAGAGGAAUUUAUAAAAUCUCCAGACGAUUUGGAAAAGCUAAGAAAUGAUGGGAAUCUGAUGUUCCAGCAAGUGCCCAUGGUGGAGAUUGACGGGAUGAAGCUGGUGCAGAUGAGAGCCAUUCUCAACUACAUCGCCAGCAAACACAAUCUCUAUGGGAAAGACAUAAAGGAGAGAGCCCUGAUUGACAUGUAUGUAGAAGGCAUGGUGGAUUUGAAUGAAAUGAUCAUGCGUCUUCCCAUCCAUCCCCCUGAGGAACAAGGUGCCCAGCUUGCCUUGAUCAAGGAGAAAACAACAAAUCGCUAUUUCCCCGCCUUUGAAAAAGUGUUAAAGAGCCACGGACAAGACUACAUGGUUGGCAACAAGCUGAGCCGAGCUGACAUUCAACUGGUUGAACUUAUCUACAGCGUGGAAGAGCUGGACCCCAGCCUUACUGCCAACUUCCCUCUGCUGAAGGCUCUGAAAACCAGAAUCAGCAACGUGCCCACAGUGAAGAAGUUUCUGCAGCCUGGCAGCCAGCGGAAGCCGCCUGUAACUGCAAAAGAUGUAGAAGAAGCAAGGAAAAUUUUCAAAUUUUAGAAAAGCAGGCCCAGACAUUCUUUGUAACAAUGUGGUGCUAGCCCCAUGCUGAUGGAGGCUGUUGUAAAGCUGAUAAACUUUGCAAAUUAUAUGCUAAUCAAAUAAAAAAAAAUCAUGAGCAAACUUA